UUCGCUGUGUACGAGACCUUUUCUCGACUCUUUCAAACAACUUGAUCGUGCUCGACGUGUCUCACACCGUCACCGUAAGAACAAAGAGGCUGGUCGCUAAGUUCGUGACUGCUCUCUCGGGAAGUCAUGGCUCAGUAUCCAUCCUCUGCCCUGUACAACAACUCGCAGCUAACUUCAAACCCCGAUUUCGCUUGACAUGAACAUUCCACUACCAUGCUGUCGAGACUAUCGCCAUGCUGUUAUCAAUAGCACUUGUGAGCAAGGUCUGGAAUUUUGCUACAACUUGCUCGUGUAAGAUUUGGUUACCAACCACAUCCAUGACAACCUGGUGAGACCUUGAUGCGACAUGACUCAGCACCUCACGACUAUAUUAACCGUUUUCGUCUCAUGAACGGUCAUUACCGAGUCUCAUUAUCAUCCACUCUACAUUCGCCAAUACCAUCGGAUCUUGGACCUGUAAAUGGCUUACGCAGUAAACGACGAGGGCAACUCAGACCCCACAGGAUAUUCCGGGCGGAUCGAAAUGUCAACACCGUCAUCGCAAGACGAUCAGAUUUGGUCCUCACUCUCUUCGAGCCUAUUGAGAGAGGUCCCUCACUCAUCUUUGUACUCGUUUGUGCCGCCGUUGACACCAUACUCUGAAGCCCCAUCAGGUGACCAUCGGAAGCCCUUUCGCUUCCUUGCCUUGCCUCCGGAGCUGCGUAACCGGAUUUACGGAAUUCACCUGGAGAAAGGAGGACACCAUAAUCUAUGUUGGAGCCAGGUCAUAUAUCUAGUGGGAGUGGACUUGCUGCGCUGCUGCAGGCAGAUCUAUCUGGAAGCCGCCCGAUACGUCAACCACAAACGUUGGUGGGUUGUGUUGAAAUCGAGAACGGAUUUUCCUAGCUGGGACUGGAUCUACAAUCAUGUUGUGUUUGAAGAACGCGGUAUCCUUCAGCGCUUGAACGGGCGUACUCUAGCGAGUAUCGUGAACCUUACCCUGGACGUCACAGUUCUUACGGACAAUAUGUUGACUACUGCUCAGCCACCUCCGAUAACACUGGACAACAUGCACAGACUUCGCCGCGUGCGUAUGCUUGUUGACCUUCGGCUAUGUUCUUUUGAUCGCCCCUUCGGAGGUUCUCAGCUCGAGAGCAGUAUCCAUCGUUGGGUCAGUAUGUCGUGUUCGAUGUAUCUCAGGCACACGGUAGCAAUGAGGGUCUACGCACACCAUAGGUGCAGAGUGUCAUAUGCACAGCUUCCCUGUAGGCUACCCACCACUACAGUUAAUGUCUGUCUGUGAAGCACUACACAUUAAGGGAGUGACGGUCUAGCUUAGGUCAAAUCCAAUCAGAGCCAAAUUAAGAACAAAACCAAGAG